UAGAACUUCUGUCAAAACAAAAUGUUUGUUGCUACUAUAAAAUACUACUUGCACAACAGUUGCUUAGCAACAAAUUUCAGUGCUGUUGAUUAUAAGCUGCUUAAAAUUAAUCAGCUCUCUUCCAGCACGAGGGUUAGAGUCUAAAAAUAUUUUUUUUUUAAAAAAGGUUUUCAAUAACGAAAUGAGAAACCGUAUAGAACGCCUAAAGCCUUGGUUUGUUCUUAUAAACUUUUGUUUAAACCAAUAGUGGGCUGGUGAUAUGUUUUGGUUUAGUGAUUUUACGCUGGAGGCAUUUUUUUAUAUUUUCUUGUUUCUAACAAUUUUAUAGUUUGUUUGUUUUUUUUAGUAUUGUGUGCCCACAAAUAAAUGGUAAAGUGUGCUCACUUUGCGUCUUUUUUCAAAUGUUUAUUAAUGUGACUAUAAACCGUGGAGAAAGGCGACAUUUUUGAUAGUUUUUUAUAUCUCAGCCUAUCAAUAAAACUGUAUUAUCUAACAGUGUAGCCUCUCUGUGAGAGGGUUGUUUUAUGUACAGCAUCUUACACAAGAUAAAAAAACGCACAUAUACGUCAACACACACGUUAACUGUUUCUUUUAACCGUUAAACACACGUUCUCGAGGUACUUACUACAGUCAUAUGGAACAGACAGGACUGAAGUGGCUUUAUAUUUUCCUUGUUUUUUAUUCUGCAACAGGUUCCGACGAGCAGGAGGGGCUGCAAGCACAUAAUAAUUUUCGUAAAAUUCAUAAUGCGGCACCAUUGACACUGAACUCAGAAAUGUCUGCUAGCGCGCAAAGCCAUGCAAAGAAAUUAGCCGACUCAAAUAUAUUCGAGCAUUCGAGCAGUAAAGAUGGUGAAAAUAUUGCAUUUAGCUGUUCACAAGAAGCUUAUGGGUCGAAAGACGCUACGAAAGCGUGGUACGCAGAAGUAUGCAAACCAGGGUAUACAUUCAGCGCUUCGUCAGGCUUCUCAGCAGGAACUGGUCAUUUUACGCAAAUAGCUUGGAAGGCCUCCAAGGAACUUGGUAUCGGCAUCAGUUCUGUGAAAAGAGAUGGUAACACAUGUGUCUACGUAGUGGGUAGGUACAGGCCGCGUGGCAACAUGCAAGGAUCAUUUGCCGAGAAUGUUGUGAAAGGUUCAUUUACAAAUGCAAUGUGCGACAAAUUAGAUUCGAUUAUGAAUGAAGGAGGUGGUAGUGCUGGUGAUGCAAAUGCUGGGGGUGGUGCAGGUGCUGGGGAUGGUGGUGGUAAUUCUGGUGGUGGAAAAGAUGACAACACCGCUGCAGGUGCGGGAAAUAGUGGAGGUAACAUCGGUGGAGAAGGAGGAAAAAAUGAAAAUAAUAAUGCAGGUGGCGGCAUCGGUGGAAGUGAAAACACCGUUGGAGAUGGUGCGGGAAAUGGUAAGGGGAAUAAGGAAGGAAUGGGAAGUAACAGCGGCGGCGGUAGUGGAAGUAACAGUUUAACUGAAGCCGCAUUUUUAAAUGUACCAGAAGCCGCUAAGACAAUUGCUAAAGCUGCCGCCACUGGCGCAAAGGUUGGAGGCAUUGCUGGUGCGAAAGCAGGAGCUAAAUCCGGUAAAGAGGCAGCAGCGACGGCUGGCGCUAAUGCUGGUGCCUCUGCAGCUGGCAAUGUGCAACAAAAGCAUAUCAUGUCUGGACGAAAAAGACCUGUUAAAUUGUCCGCAGGCGUCAAAAUGAUACCUGAUGAUAGUCAUGCUUUCCAUACAAGCUAUUUGCCACAUCAUCACGUUUAUUUGCAUGGACGAGAUGAAACAAACGAUCUUUCGCGUAAAUUGGAAGAGGUCGCAGAAACUGCUGGAAGUAAAGCGGGCGCUGAAGCUGGCGCAGAAGCUGGUAGGAAAAUGGCAAACAAGCAAGCUGGCGGAGGUGAAGAAAAAGGAGGCAGUAAGUCAUUUGAAGAAGCUGGUCUCAAGGCGCAUAAUAUUUUCAGAAAUAUACACGGUGUUCCAGAUAUGACUUUGGAUGAGCAAAUGUCAGCGGAUGCUAAGGCGUAUGCACAAACGCUAGCAAACUCAGGACAGUUAGAACAUUCGAAAGAUAGAAAAAAUACGGGCGAAAAUUUGGCUUCAGCAUGUAGUAGCGAGAAUACACAAAUGUCAGCGGAGGAAGCUACCAAAAAUUGGUACGGCGAAGUAUGCACACCUGGGCACGAUUUCAAUUCUGAUGGCGAUGGGUCUGUAGGUACUGGUCAUUUCACGCAGGUAGUUUGGAAGACUAGUACCAAACUUGGUAUGGGCAUGGCAACAGGAAAGAAAGACGACAUGUACUGCACCUACGUGGUAGGAAGAUAUCGAGAUGCUGGUAAUUUCCUUGGAAGAUUUAAAGAGAACGUACCUAAGGGCGACUUUAGUCCUGAUGUUUGUAACAAAUUAGAUGAAUUGAUUAAAGAUAUAAGUAGCGGAGGAGGGAGCAAUGAAGCCGAAGGAGGUGCAGGAGCUAACAGCGAUCAAGGUGGAGCUGGUAGUACUGGCGGAGGUGGUGUAGGAGGUAAUGAAUCAGAAGGUGGAAGCCCAGGUGGAAAUGUUGAAACUAGUGGUGCAGGAGGAAGUGGUGGCGCUAGUGAGGGCAACGAAGAAGAAAUACUUCAAAAGGCAAAGGAAGCAGCAGCUAGUGCGGGAGCCGAAGCUGGAAAAAUAGCCGGUGAAAGAGUCGGACGUGAAUUAGCAAAAGCUUCCACAGGAAAAGAAAUUACGCCCAACGCAAGAAAAUUUACAUCUCAAAUGCGCAAAGCAAAUGUAAGAUACAACAGUCGUGGAGAGGUUGUACCAAGCGCUCAAGAAGCUAUGCUAAAUAGUAUGAAGCAGUUGAAAAAUGGAAAGAGGAUUGUAAUGACCUUUAAAAGAAAUGGUAUCGGUGACAAAUCCCCAGAGGCUGCUGCUCAACAUGCGGGUGCUGUAGCUGGAGCAGAGGCUGGAGCUACUGCUGGAGCUGCUGCAGCUGCGAAGUUGGCAAAAGAACAACUGCUGAACAACCCUGAAAAAGGCGGGAGUAAUGAUGCUGAACCUGGUCCAAACACACCCGGUGGAACAGUGCAGCCAGGAAAAGGUUCUAGUGGAGAUAACGAUCCCAGUCCUAGUGGAUCAACUAAACAAGAAGGGGGAGCCCAACAAGGUGGAGGAGAUGGAGAUCCUGCCCCCGGAGAGGGAGUUCCUGGAGGAUCUGGAUCGAAGACUGCAGAAGAUAGCUAUAACGGAAAGCCCACUGAGAAUACAAAUUUUGGUUCGAACGAAGGUGGUGGAACACAGGAUAAUGGUGAAGCGGGUGCAAGCUCAAGUGGUGGUAAUCCGACUGAAAAUGCAGGUUCUAAUUCUAGUGGGCCUUCUAAAGCCAAUAGUAAAGAACUAAAGAAGGCUUGUGCUCUAGCCGCUAAAGAGGGCGCAGAAGUUGGGGCAAAAGCUGGUUCGGAGGCUGCAGUUAAGACUGUAGAUGCUGCUAAAAGACACCGCAUUAAUAAAAGAUUUUAUCUAUUCAGUUCCUUUCCUCAUCAUUCAUUUGAAACUCAUCCUACGACUGAACUAUACAUGACACCUGGCACAAACUAUCCAUCAGGAUCUGAAAUGCCAGCUUAUACUAAUGAAGAUUCUCAACAAACUAGUCUUCGAAAAAAAGCUUCGGAGAUUGGAAGAAAGAUCGGUGCCGAAAAAGGAGCACAAGCCGCUGCUGCGGCUGUUGUUGACGCAGUAGGUGGAGAUGAGCAAGUUAAAGCGGAGGCUGUACAGAAAGCAGCAGAAAUUGGGAAAAAAGUGGGUGAGGAAUCUAAGCCUGUAGAUAAUUCAGCUGGGAACACAGUUGGAGAUGGUGAAGGCACCAUUGAUGCUGGAAGCAACACUGGAGGUGGUAGUGAAGGUGGGACUGGAAUCAACACCGGAGGUGGUAGUAAAGGUGGGGCUGGAACCAACACCGGAGGUGGUAGUGAAGGUGGGACUGGAACCAACACCGGAGGUGGUAGUGAAGGUGGGGCUGGAGCCAACACCGGAGGUAGUAGUGAAGGUGGGACUGGAACCAACACCGGAGGUGGUAGUGAAGGUGGGGCUGGAGCCAACACCGGAGGUAGUAGUGAAGGAGGGGCUGACACCAACACCGGAGGUGGUAGUGAGAGUGGGGCUGGAACCAAUACUGGAGGUGGUAGUGAGGGUGGGGAAGGAAGCAAUACUGGAGGUGGUAGUGAUGGUGGGGCUGGAAGCAACACUAAAGCCCCUUCCCCCGAAAGCCAAAGUGGUGCAUCUGUUAGUAGCUCUGAAUUCGCUAAAAGAGGAUUAGAAGCCCAUAACAUAUUUCGUAAGCUACAUGGCACACCGCCUAUGAAGUUAAAUGAUGAAAUGUCAAAAAGUGCAGAAGAAUACGCGAAAAAAUUGGUUGCAAUGCAACGCAUGGAGCAUUCUACGAAAGAAGGACGAGACAAUGCAGGUGAAAACUUAGCCUACUCAUGCACAUCUGCUAGUGAAGAAAUGAAGGCUGAACAAGCUGUACAUAACUGGUAUGAAGAGGUUUGUGAUCCUGGCUAUACAUUCGGUUCCAACUCUCCUGCUGGUGGCGUUUUACAUUUUACACAAGUCGUUUGGAAAGGCUCAACUGAACUAGGCAUGGGAAAAGCUGUUGGUCAACAAGGCCCGAUGACAUGUACGUAUGUAGUGGGAAGGUACAAAGUAGCAGGAAAUAUGGGUGGCGAAUACGUAAAGAAUGUACCACAAGGACAGUUUACAAAGGCAACAUGUAGUAAACUUCAAGAUAUGAUAAAAAACAUAGGCGGUGAAACGUCCAAAAGCAGUGAAAUAAAUGCUGCGGAGUCACCUGUAGAUUCAUUCAUGGAACAGGCUUUAACUGCACAUAAUGACUUUCGAGACAUCCAUCAUGUGUCAUCACUACGCUUCGAUGAUCAAUUAAAUCAGGAGGCUCAACAGUAUGCAGAAGAGUUGGCUAGACGAGGCAAAUUAGAACAUGCAAGAAAUAUUAAAGAUGGAGAAAAUCUAGCUAUGAAAUGCUUGGCACCACAAGAAAAAGAACCAAGCGGGAGUUUCUUUACUACCCUCUGGUAUGAAGAAGUAUGCAACCCUGGGUAUGAUUUCACAAGUGAAAAAUUCAACAAAGCAACUGGUCAUUUUACGCAAGUCACAUGGGACGGCUCAAAAAACCUUGGUAUAGGGCGCGCACGAAGUAAGAUUGGCGACACAGAUUGCGUGUAUGUUGUUGCACGAUAUCGUCCCGCUGGAAAUUACGAAGGCGAAUUUUUGAAAAACGUUUUGAAAGGGGAUUACGAUCAACUGAUUUGUAAAACACUCAUGAAAAGACAUCUCACACCGAGAUAUUUUAGCAGAAGAACAAAACAUUCCAAGAAGUACAGCACGUGGAUUUUAUAAAAGAGAAAAAAAGAACACAAUGUGUAUAAGAAGCAUUCACACACAAUGCAAGUAAUUUUUAUUUUUUAUAGAGAUUAUUUUUUUAUAUAUAUAGCUUGUAAAUAAACGAUUUAUUGUUAGAUCAUCCACACCAAUUUCUCAACAAAAAAGUUUCAUAAACGACAUUGCAUC